AUGGAUUCGUAUUUUUUGACUCUAGUUCUAUUGUGUGUGUUUAUUGGAGAGGUUUCCAGCAAGCCGAGGACUUCAGAGCCACCGAGUAUUAAAAAUAUCCUUGUAUUUGGUGGAAAUGGUUUGCUUGGAGCCCCCACUGUGGAAGGACUAAUCCAAGCUGGACACAAAUGUACCUUGAUCAACCGUGGUAAUUGGUAUUGGAAUUCAUACAUCACCAUCAAGCCCCAUGUACAUCAUAUCAAAUUUGACCGUAUGCAGUCACUGUCCAAGUGUGAAGCACUGGUGGCCAUGUUAGACGGAGGACAACGUUUCGAUUUGGUUAUAGACUUUAGCGCAUAUCACAUGUUCGCUGUAAACGAAGCCGUAUCGCUUCUGAAGGGUCGUGUUGGAUUGUACGUUUAUAUUAGUUCCGAUUCCGUCUAUGAAGUUUGUUUAAAGAAUCAUUCGAAUCCAUCCAUUGAAACAGACGCAAUUCGAUCAACGGAUCCAGACGAAAUGCAAGAGUAUGCAACGAAGGACGAUUACGGCCACAGAAAACUGGAAAGUGAAGAGGCAUUAGAAAAGCAGCUACAAGCCAAUGGCAUUCCGUACAUUUCGUUGCGUCUACCGGACGUUGUCGGACCAAGAGAUAACACGUAUCGUUGGUGGAUUUAUCAAAUGUGGAUGCGAUUGCAGAAAUAUUUGGACAAGCCCGUUACGAUUCCUGCAAAUGUGGCCAAACAACCCAUGAGUUUUGUUUACUCCCAGGACGUGGCGGAUCUGAUCCUGGAUUUGACCAACAAUUCACCGGAUCCAGAUGUUUUAAACCAGGCUUAUAAUCUAGCUUUCCGAGAAACGUUCACACUACAAGAAUUCUUAAACGAGAUUAAAAAUUUACUGAACAUUUCAGAUGUGGAAAUAGGGGUUGAUGAAAAUUCAGAUUCAUUCCGAUUGUUUCCGUCCGUGUCUCUCGGUCCAGUGGACAUUAGUAAAGCAGAGAGACAAUUAAAAUGGAGCCCAACCCCGUGGGUGGAGGCUUUAAAGGACACUGUGCAGUUCUAUGAAACCUGUUUAUCAAAAGACGAGUUUGAUGUGCCACGACGGGACAUCAUAAGGUCAAUGCAAGUGUACUUUUCGGACCAUCCGUUCCGAGUUUUAAUCGGAGUGAAACGAGAGUAUAGAGUCGACUACACUGCUUCAAAAGACGAAUUAUAA